UCUCCACGUUUCAGCUGACUUUUCAUAUCGUGUAUCGCCAUUAAAAAUAUUGUAUUUUGCAUCAUCUCACUAGAUUCACCACAACUGGCGUUUCUCGAAGCUUUUGAAGUUUAAUAUUAAAGCAAUUGAUUAAGUCUACAUGAGAUUAAAACUAGGGUACAGGUGUCCUGAGUCACGUGACUCCCCCCUAAUAAAAUGUUACAGCCGUCAGGCCCUUCAGGUGUUUGCUCCAACGGUUGUUUCGUACCGUCCGCUUGCAGUCAUGUCGACUACCUCCCAAAAGCACCGAGACUUUGUAGCGGAGCCCAUGGCGGAUAAGCCGGUCACCGCUUUGGCCGGCAUUGGAGAUGUUCUGGGAAAGAAACUCGAGGAACAGGGAUUUGAUAAAGCAUAUGUGGUUCUGGGUCAGUUCUUGGUGCUGAAGAAGGAUGUAGAACUCUUCACCGAGUGGCUGAAGGACACAUGUGGUGCAAACACCAGACAGGCGGCCUCAUGUACCCAGUGUCUGAAGGAGUGGUGCGAUGCUUUCCUGUGAAGACUGCCUAGCCACGUCCGUCGGCUAGCUGCUGUUUUGUAGCUUUGUAGUAUGGAAACUAUUUAUUCUUUUAACUGAGGACACUUUUGUGAAUGUUUUGAAAAUAAAGUUGGAAGUAACUUCAUUAACCAAAAUGUACAGCUUUUUCCGAAAGAGCAAUGACUGAAAGUUUGAGAUCUGAGUGGUAAAGUACAAUGAUUUAAUAAACUUGGACCGAUUG